AUGGCAGGACUGGAUGCCACGGUGGCCAUGUGCCGCGCGAUCCGCAAGGCAGCCUUUGCCUCCAAGACUGAGGUGGAGGACCUGAGGACGGUGGCACGGUUUGUGGGCAAGGUGCAGUUGAUCCUGGAGGGCCUGCGCAGCGUGGAGGGCCUGGAUGCCCUUCGCGCCUGGCCGGAGGCACACGGACUGGAUGCCACGGUGGCCAUGUGCCGCGCGAUCCGCAAGGCAGCCUUUGCCUCCAAGACUGAGGUGGAGGACCUGAGGACGGUGGCACGGUUUGUGGGCAAGGUGCAGUUGAUCCUGGAGGGCCUGCGCAGCGUGGAGGGCCUGGAUGCCCUUCGCGCCUGGCCGGAGGCACACGCGAGCCUGCAGGAUGCGCUGCAGGGCGUGGCCGACGUAGUGGAUGCCACGGCGUCCAUGGGCUCCCUCCAGGCCGUGCUCGUGACAGAGGACACGGAGGUGCGGCUGGGCGCGUGCCUCAAGGAGCUGGGCUCAGCGCUGGCCGAGCUGGCGGCUUGUGCGGGCGACGCACCGCCCGACGUGGCGCAGGACGCUGCGCGCGUCCCGCGCCAGAUCGCCGGCGCCACCUUCGCCCCCCGCCCCGGCACCGACCUGCUCACCUGGCAGCUCCUGCGCGGGCUGACGCUGGCGGGGGUCGGGCGAGGCGACCGCGCCGCGCUGGGCGCCCAGCUGCGCGCCGCGCUGCGUCUGGUGUCCCUCGGCCGCGAGGGCCUUGGCGUCUGGCUGGAGCGGGAGGUGCUCGCGCUGCGCGCCGCCAGCGUGGCCGCGCGCGCCGCGGGUGACGUCGUGCUCGCCUUCUUCUGCCACCAGGUGCUCAUGUGCCUGCUGGCCGCGGGGACCGGGGCCUGGGACUGGCUGGAGGAGCCCGUCGCGGGGGAAGGGUGUGCCCAAGACGGCGCUCCGUUGGCCGACCCCAGCGAGGCCGCCGAGGCGCUGGCCUCCGCGCGCACCACGCCCGCGGCCAGCGCCUGCCUGGGCGAGGCCACGCCGCCAGGGCAGGGCACCCCACCGGGUGCCGGCAAGGGUUCUGGUGGUGCAGAAGGCCAGGGUGUCAGCGAGGAACCCCUCUCCAGGGCGGACGAGGGCAGGGCCAGCUCGAACGUGAUGGCGCACCCCGUGGCGGACCUGACAGACCCAGCGGACAUCGUGGACGGGGCUUCCCCCGGUCCUGCCCCCGGCAACGCGCCCGGGAAGGGCGAGGCACCCGACCUGGCGCUCGGCGGCUCCGGGGCGCUGGGGAGUGGGGGGCAUGCGCGGAGCGAGGGGGCACUACCAAACGGGUGCGCCGCCGAGGAGGAGUCGGGUCCGCCGCCGCCUCGCCUCCCCGGCAGCGCCGCGCUUUCCCGCAGCGCGGUGGCCGCGCUGGCCUCGGACCUGCGCGCCGACGGCUGGCCGGACGCGGAGCUGGACUUUGACGCCGACGACGUCGCCGGCGCGGUGGCGGCGCUGGCCUCGCCCUCGCUCCUGCGCCAGUGGGUCGCGGCGGUGGCGCUGGAAGCCGGCGCGGAGGCCGGCGGCGAGCUCUGGCGUGCGGCGGCGGCUGCGCUGGGCCUGGUGCCGGCCACGCUGCGCGCGCUGCGCGGCGCGCGCGACCCCGCGCUGCGCGGCGUGCUGGCGGGCGUGCUGCGCCAGCUGGCGCGCGACACCGCGCAGCGCCGCGCCGUUGCCGAGGCCGGCGGCAUCGCCGUGCUGGCGGGCCUGCUGCAGAGCCCCUCCUCCCACGCGCGCCAGGCCGCGGCGCGCGCGCUGUCCAACGUCGUGGUCAACUCGGGGAAGAACAAGCUGGAGGCCGCGCAGUUUGGGGCCAUCCACAGCCUGGCACGGAUGCUGGAGACGGACGGCGCCAUGGGGCGCGAGGCGGCGGCGGCCACGCUGGGCAACCUGGCUGCCAACUGCGAGGCCACCUCGGCCCUGCUGGCGGAGGCCGGCGCGGUGGCCCCGCUGGCCGACCUGCUGGCCAGCGGCACGCCCAUGGCCGUGCAGCACGCCGCGCGCGCGCUGCGCAACCUGGCGGGCCGCGACGGACGCAACAAGCGCCUGGCGGCGCAGGACGCGGUGGUCGCGGCGGGGGCUGUGCCGGGGCUGCUGAGUCUGCUCGCCGCCUUUGAGGACGGGGACUCGGCGGACCCAUCUGCGGCCGCGGCCGCUGAGGCGGCAGCCUGGGCGCUGAGCAACCUGUGCGGGUCGGAGGGGGCGCGGCGCGCGGUGUGCGCCGAGGCGGGCGCCAUCCUGGGCCCCGUCGUGGCGGCGCUGUCCGGCGGGUCGCCGGGCGCACGGCACGCGGCGGCGCGCCUGCUCAAGGCUCUGGUGGCGGGUGACACCAGCGCCGCCUGGCGGCGCGAGGCGAUCGCCGCCGGCGCCGCCGUGCCCUUGGACUCGGCGGACCCAUCUGCGGCCGCGGCCGCUGAGGCGGCAGCCUGGGCGCUGAGCAACCUGUGCGGGUCGGAGGGGGCGCGGCGCGCGGUGUGCGCCGAGGCGGGCGCCAUCCUGGGCCCCGUCGUGGCGGCGCUGUCCGGCGGCCAGGCGACGCAGGCGGCAGCGGCGGCUGCGCUGGGCGCGUUGGCCUGCGAGGACGAGGCGGAGGCGCUGCGCGCCGCGGCGGCGCUGGCGCUCUGGGACCUCUGCUUCGACUGCGAGGCGGGGCGGCUGGCGGUGCUGAACGCCGACGGCGCGCCCUGCCUGGUCCAGGCCAACGGCGACGGCGCGGGGCCGACCGAGGAGGGCGGCGAGGAGGGCGGCGUGGGGCCGGCCGCCUCGCGCGUCAGCGACGGCGGCCUGCUCGCAAGCCUGGCGGCCACCGAGGUCCUCUGA